UGCCGGUGGAAGAUUCUUUUGAUUCUCAUUUCUUGUUUGUAUAUAUAUUUACAUUCCAGUGAAAUGUCAAAGGACGGGUGCUGUUCGUGCCCCGGUUUUUGGGCGCUUUACGAAAGACAUUUUAAGCCGUCUACGAAUGAAACGGAAAAAGACGGGAAUACUGAGGUUCAGACACGAAGCGCCCUUAAACCGCCCAAUUUAUCGCCACAUGUGCCCGACGGUGACAGCGGAGAGAUCUACACGGCGCUAUGGCCCUUCAAGUCUCGCGCAGAGAAUGAACUGUCCUUCCAGGAGGGAGAACUGUUCCGAAUCCACGAGCGCGCCGGUGACUGGUCGAAAGCCAUUAAACUCGACACAAACGGCAAGGUGACAGCUGAGGGCUUCGUUCCUCACAAUUACCUGGCGAGAAGGGAGACGGCGCAAAAACAUCCUUGGUAUUUUGGAAUGCUGAACCGCUUUGAGACCCAGAAUUUGCUCUUGGGACCUGGAAAUGGAAUAGGUGCUUUCCUGUUGCGUCGCAGCGAAAAGGACAACGUAGGAUGCGUGCUAUCUGUGGUAAUCAGUGAUACUGAAGUGAAACACAUUAAAGUCCAUGAGGAUAAUGAGAGGUACUAUUUGGAUCAGAGUCACAUGUUUCUGAGCCUGGAAAAGCUGGUGGAGCACUACAGGAGGUAUUCCUUGGACUCUGCCCCCCGCCUCACACACCCCUGCAAACGGCCAGAACCAAAACCACAGGAUCUUUCCCACCAAACGGUAGAUGACUGGGAGUUACCAAAAGAAGAGUUCACUCUUGAAGAGGAGCUCGGCAAAGGAUACUUUGCUGAUGUUUACCGUGGAAAGUGGAAAGGCAUGGUCAAUGUGGCCAUUAAGAUCCUCAAAAAUAAUGAGUCUAUAAACCACAGGGAGUUUCAGAUGGAGACUCAAAUACUGAAAAAGCUAAGACACAGGCAUCUCAUCACACUGUUUGCCAUUUGCACAAGAUCCACCCCCUUCUACAUCAUCACUGAGCUUAUGGAAAAAGGCAACCUACUUGAUUUUCUGCGAGGUGAGGAGGGGCGGAACCUAGAGCAGCAGGUAAUGACAGAUAUGGCAAGUCAGGUGGCUGAUGGGAUGGUGUAUCUUGAGGACCAGAAAAGCAUUCACAGAGACCUGGCAGCCCGGAAUGUUCUAGUGGGACAGAACUACAUCUGUAAAGUGGCUGACUUUGGACUAGCUCGAAUCGUCAAGGAGCCAAUUUAUUCAUCUGGAGAUAAAAAGAUCCCAUAUAAAUGGUCUGCUCCUGAAGCUAUCAGCCAUGGAAGGUUCUCCAACAAAUCUGAUGUUUGGUCAUUUGGAGUCCUCCUGUAUGAAAUUUUCACGUAUGGUGGACUGCCAUAUCCAACUUACUCAAAUCAUGAGGUGUUCCAUCUGAUCUCGUCGGGGUACAGAAUGCCUGCACCCCAUAAGUGCCCGUCACACAUUUAUGACAUAAUGCUGAUGUGUUGGAGUGGCUCGGCAGAUGAAAGGCCAGAUUUCAGCCAGCUUAAAAAACUGCUGGAGAGUAGCUGUUCUCGAUACGUGGAAUUGACCAUGGAGAGCUGCAAUGAAACAUCAGAUCCAGCAGAUGGCAGCAAUGUUAAGAGUUAACAACACCAGCAAUGCACAGAGACUAGUUAUUUUCUCUAUUUUAAAAUUUUGUAAACACCUGUUUUCCCAUUUCUUUGACCAUUUUUUUACUAUGUUGCAUACUUAUUUUCUAAUUUCAUGUGACAUUCACAUAGAAUUUUAUAAGCCAUCUCCUCAAAUCCAAUCAGACAAUACCAGCCAAUACUGAACAUUAUUUUUAUACUACUGUGAUGUUUCUUUCCCAUACAGAGGGAAAGACAGAUGUUUCUGAGUGGAUCAGAUGCUUGGAAUAAUAAAUAAAACCUGUACUGAGCCUUUUGUUUUCACUUUACCAAAUUAUAUAAUAUCAGCUAGAUUCCAAUCAACAAAUCUGCACUGAUUUAAAGAAAUCUGAAAACAUUUAA